AUGACCAUCUCUUCUACUCUCCUCGCAUUCUACACUAGCAACCUCAAGUCAUUCAUCUCCUCCCCCUCAACCUUUCGUAUCCUUCGUUCCAUCUCCCCAUGCAAACCAAACCCCCCAAAUCCUCCACCCCCGACAAACCUCACAACCAAACCCCUCAACACACACGACGCCUAUUAUAUCGGCUCUUCUUCCAUUGACAACCACAAAGAUCACGGUCCAAUUCCCCAAUCUUCCUCCCAAGCCCUCUACAUCCUCGAUUCCUCCUUCAACCCGCCCACCCUCGCCCACGCCCACAUCUGCCUCUCCGCCCUGCGCGAUCACUAUGCAUCCUCCGAAUUACAACAUUCAAAAGCGAGAUUGUUAUUACUGCUAAGUACAAAAAAUGCAGAUAAGCAGAUUACCGGGGUGACAUUGGAAGAGAGAUUAGUUGGGAUGGAAUGUUUUGCAGCUGAUCUUUUGAGAAAUUGGCUAUAUACUCAUAUGGCUUUCGAUCAUCCAGAUAGGAAGCCUGCGCCUUCUUCUCAACGGGAAUAUCUCGUUCCUCCCGGUCCAGCCCCCGAAAUAGACAUAGCACUCACCUCGCUCCCCUAUUUCCACGACAAGUCAGCCGCUAUCGAAGAAUCCGCCAUCUACCCCCACGGAACCACGCAUAUCCAUUGCACCGGCUACGACACACUUAUCCGAGUACUAAAUCCCAAAUAUUAUCCUCCUACGCAUGACCUCUCACCCCUCGCACCAUUUCUAUCACGCCAUAAACUGCGGGUCACAUAUCGCAACUCGGAUAAAUCCAGCACCAUGGAAGAGAAUCAAGAUAGCUACCUCUCCUCGAUGAUCGAGACACUGCCGUCACUAGGCGGGAAUCGCGAAUGGAUAACGGAAGACAGAAUAUACAUGGCGCCAGGCCUCGAAGGAAAAGAAAUCAGCAGCACCAGAGUCCGCGGCUUGAUUAGCAGUAUUAGCGCGCCUGAUCCCCAUAAGAAAGGAGCAGGGAGUAAGCAACAUAAGGGGAAGGGGAAAGGGCCAGAUAAGAAGAUUAAAGAGCGGUUGAAAGGCUUGGUGGGGGAAGGAGUCAGAAAGUGGGUUAUAGGGGAGAAGUUAUAUUUCUAUAAAAAGAAGCCACUGUUAUUGGUAGCUGAGAAGAAAGAGGUACCAGAGGAAUAA